AUGAAGUCUUUCAUCUUCUUGUUGGCUCUUGCCCUAGUGGGCAGUGAACACACCAGCAGAUAUGGUAUUUUCUCCGAAAACAGCCAGCAUAUCUACAGGUAUGAAGGCGUAAUUCUAUCUGGGCUGCCGGAGAGAGGCUUGAUCCAAGCUGGUUUGAAGAUCAACAGCAAAGUGAAAAUCACAGGCAUAGGGACAAAACAGUACCUUCUGCAAAUUGUAGGUCUUCGGAUCCAAGAGCUCAAUGGAAUUUGGCCGAAAGAUCCAUUCACCUGCCAGAAGUUGACUGAACGAUUGGCUUCACAAUUGACCCAGCCUGUGAAGUUUGAGUACAGUAAUGGGCGUGUGGGAAACAUCUACACACCGAUCAACUUGCCUGAAGACACCCUGAACAUCUACAGAGGGAUCAUCAACAUCUUCCAGAUCACCAUCAAGAAAUCACAGAACUUCUAUGAUUUACAAGAGGCUGGAAUUGAAGGAGUAUGCCAUGCAAGGUACGUUGUCCAAGAAAACAAGAAAAAGGAACGCUUGACCAUAGCAAAGUCUAAAGACCUGACCAAUUGCCAAGAGAGGGCUGUAAAGAACACCGGCAUGGCCUACGCAGAACUCUGCUCCACCUGCCAACAGAGAGGCAGGAACAUCCGUGCAUCCUCAACUUUCACCCUGAUCCUGAAACCAACAGCUUCUGGAGCGAUCCUUCAGGAAGCCAGAGUCCGCGAGGUGCAUCAGUUUACACCUUUCCACGAACAGGACGGAGCACUUCGGCUUUGAGGCAAGGUUCUGAGUAACGUUUCUCAUUGCAGGCAGAGCCUCAAGCUGGAACAGAUUACAACAGCAUCAGUACAUACAGUACCAGAGCUCCAGAAUCGGAACAGCCUUCAGUACCAUAGUGACAGAAGCAUACUCCAACAACCAUUCACACUGAUUUGGGACCAAAAUGUGAUCACUAAGAUAAAGGAUACCUUGGAUCACAUUGCCAAACACAAUGUACAAGAUAUCCAUGCAGAUGCUCCAACUAAGUUCCUGCAACUUAUUCAACUCCUCCGAUCUGUUCAACAUUCUACUCUAUCAGAAGCUUGGAAGACAAUUAACAGCUUGACUGAGUUAAGGCGCUGGUUCAUUGAAGCACUUCCUGCUGUUGGAACAAUUGACUCACUGAAAUUUCUCAAGACCAGAAUUCAAAAUUCUGAGCUCAGCAAACUGGAGAUUCUUCAGACCUUGCUCCUUGCAAUGCAUCAAGUCAAAACCGAUCGUCAAGUUAUGAUUGUAGCUCUUGAGAUAAUCAACCUGACUGUGAUCAAGGAAAAUAUAUUCCUCCGCAAGGCUACCCUCCUUGCCUACGGCUCAAUGAUAAACAGAUUCUGCUCACAACGGGUGACUUGCCCAGAUGACGUGCUGAAGCCCCUCCACAACCUGCUCACAGAAGCCAGCAGUCAGCGUGACGAUGACAAAAUCGCUCUGAGCCUCAAAGCGAUCGGCAACGCAGGGCAGCCGGGGAGCAUCAAGAGCAUCGUGAAGCUGCUGCCAGGGCUUGGAACGCAGGCCAACACCCUCCCUUUGAAAGUCCGGGUCGACGCCAUUAUGGCCUUGACUAACAUCGCAAAGAAGGACGCCAAAACUGUACAACGCAUCACCAUGCAAACCUUGCUCAAUCGUAAGAACCAUCCUGAAGAACGAAUGGUGGCUUGCGCAGUGCUCUUCCUCACCAAGCCACCUCUGACUUUAGUGACCAUAGUGGCUAGCUCACUGCUCACCGAGACCAGCUUGCAAGUGGCCAGUUUUACCUACUCGUACAUGGGAGCACUGUCCAGGAGUUCAUUACCAGGACUCUAUUCACUAGUUACUUCCUGCAACCUGGCCUUGAAGUUCUUGAGCCCCAAACUUGAACAGCUUGGUCACCGAUUCAGCAAGGUUUACCUCGUGGACACAUUUAUGUAUCAACUGAUGGCAGGGGUAUCGACCAAAGCUCUAUUAAUCAAGACCUCCAGCACCAUCAUUCCAACAGCCUUAAUAGCCAAAGUCAAGGGUCAUGCACUAGGAGGUGCAUCAGAUCUUUUGGAGGUUGGUCUACGAGCUGAGGGUCUCCAGGAGGUCAUCAUGAAGUUUCGCUCAUCAAGCAUCAGGAUCACGGAGAACAAAAUUAUUCAACGCAUCUUGAACAAAAUUGUAAACUGGAAGGAUUUGCCAGAAGAGGAACCAUUGGCAUCAGCCUAUGUCAGAGUAUUCGGACAGGAACUGGCAUUCUCUCAACUCAGAAAGGACGACAUUGAACAAAUUAGAAAGUUCUUGACGGAACCAUUCAGCAAGCAGUGGGUGAAAUACAUAAAUCAACUCAGCAAGGGGAUCAACUUCCAAACCGCCAAGGCGGUCGUGACCAGUGAGAUCCGCCAUAUUGUUCCCACCGUAGUCGGUUUCCCAUUGGAACUGAGCCUCGUUACGGCUGGUCUGGCGGUGGCCAAAGGAAACAUUGAAGUUAAUUCUGAACGCCCCAUUUCUCUAUUUUCUGAUUUGACCUCCCACCGAAUUCAGGUGAAGUCUCGUCUCGUUAUCAGUGCGUAUCUUUAUGCCAGAGCAUACUUGGGAAUAAAUAUGCCAAGUCUCCAGUCAGGUGUGACAAUCGAGACCAAUGUCCGGACAACUAUCCCUGUGGAGGUAACUGCAAAGAUGUGCUUGAAAGAGGGUAAUUUGAGGAUUGACAGUACUCCAGCUCAGAAGGAGACCAAGAUUCUCAGCAUGGAUUCUCAGGUUUUUGCUGUUUCAAGAAAUAUCGAGAAUCUCUCUAGAGAAAAAAUAACCGCGAUUUUGCCAGUGACAUCAAGGAAAGACAUUUCAAGCCAGAAAUUCAAAACUUCAUCUUGGUCAUCAGAAAUACCAGACGAUAGGACUGUAGCACAAAUCUCUCCAGAAACACUGUCUGACCAGAUCCCAUGCUCUGGAGAAGAUCGUCGCCCAUGGACACCUAACCACUCUUCUUAUCGUGCAUGUGUGAAUGCGCCGAAAAUCGGUGUCCAAGCUUGUCUGGAUGCCUUGAUGGAGAAUGCUCUUUUCAUCAGACAUAGUCUAUUGUACCAGAUCAUUGGAAGAUACCAGCUUAACAUCACCACUUUACCAAUUAGUUCAGGGGCAGAUAUUGAGAAGAUUGUGCUGGAGAUACAGACUGGAGCCAAGUCACCGUCAAAGAUGAUUCGGUCUGAAGACAAGGAGACAAACAUAGGAAGAACUCUGACUGAGCUGGAUCAAGAUCAAUUGAAGGCAGUUCUGUUAAAGACAACAAGCCAGUCUAUGAAGUACAACACUACACUGAGCAAAGGCCAUUCCAGCUCCAGUUCCAGCAGUUCCAGCCGAUUGAUCACCACCAGCAUCAGCAGCACCAGCAGCAGCAGCAGCAGUAGCAGGAGGGGCAGCCAGAGGACGAGCAGGGCCGGGGGCAGGCACAGCAGUCAGCUCCUCCACAGCUCUGAACGUGCAAAGGUCACGAUCACAGGGGGGAUCACUGCCUCCACAUCAAUACACCGAUCCGCUUCAGACAUGAUCACCAGGAUUGGACAUGACUCUAGGUCGAGACAAAGUUAUGGUUCAUCUCUUCUCCGAUCAUCUAAGCAGCGUUAUCUGAUCAACAGUAUAGGGAUUCCAUUUCUGGUUGCCCUGCUUCGAGCAAGAAGGACUGAUGGUGUCCAGCAAGGCUACCAACUCACCGGAUACGGGAAGAUUUCAUCUCACCUGCCGAGGGUGCAUGUGCGUUUGGUGGAACUGAACCAAAGGAGCAACUGGAAGAUCUGCGCUGAUGCAUUAGUACCCAGCUCCCACAAAGUAGUGGCACUGGCAAGAUGGGGUGACAACUGUGAGAAAUACAAAGUUUCCGCUAAAGUGUCAAGUGGUCAGCUUGGAAGUCAACCAGCCAUCAGGGUUAAAAUGCAGUGGUCAAUGAUUAAUGACAAUCUGAAAUACGGUGGAAAACUGCUUGGAGACUACAUACCAGGGUUGGCCUAUGCACUGGGAUUAUCUCAGAAAUACAAACAUAAUCCCUCACGUCAGAUUACAGCACUGGUUGCUCUAACAUCCCCACAAACAAUGGACAUAAUCCUCAGGUUGCCCAAGAUGACAGUAUAUUAUCAGGGUCUACAGCUCCCCACCACCCUGCCUAUCCAGGUAGUGAGCAGACGUAUCCGGGAAAAAGGACUCAGCAGCUUAAAUGAAAUUCCAGAGCUGUUCUACAAAAUGAAUGAAAGAGAAUGCACUGCUGAAAGUGACACUGUGAGGACAUUUGACGGCAAGGAGUUGGAUCAUCGGAUCACCAAUGAUUGUUUCUAUAUCCUGACCCAAGACUGUACAGAUCGGCCAAAGUUUAUGUUGUUGCUGAGGCGUGCAGAAAGUGAUAAGUCAAAGAAGUCGAUCAAACUGAUUCUGUCACUGAGAAAUACGACCAUUGAUGCAAUUUAUUUGUCGGGCAGAAUUAAAAUGUUAGUCAAUGGUGGUGAACAUUCCCUGGACCAACCGAUUCCGAAUCUGCAAGAUAUUUUAACCAUUCAAUGGAAUGGGACAGGAAUUAUUCUGCAAGUCCCAUCAAUCAAUAUUGAAAAGUUGUACUUUGAUGGAGACAAAGUCCAGAUCAUCCUUGACCAGAUGAUGGGGAAGACAUGCGGACUUUGUGGCCUUAAUAACGGUGAGAGAAAGUUGACCAUGCCCAACCAGGAAGAGGCCAGAGAUGUGGAGCAGCUUUUUGAGUCCUGGUUGUGUUCAGGAACCUCCUGCAAGGAUGAUUGCCGAGUAAGACAAGAAUUUGUGGAACUAGGAAAGGUCGUUAAUUUUGAAGGACAGGCAUCCAGAUGCUAUUCAGUUGAAACAGUGCAACGGUGCCUGGCACGAUGCACACCAAUGGAAACACGGUCUCGCACUGUCAACUUCCACUGUGUACCAUCCAAUUUCACUGUGACUGACACUUCAAUCUUCAGUAGGAAGUCUGUGGACAUCAGUCAUGGUAUGGAUUCCCACACCGAUUGUUUGUGCAAGUGUACGGAAUAA